AUGUCAUCAAUCAUUGAAAACGUCAAGCUUACCCCUGACCAGAACACCAUCGCCGAAAACUUUGGUGGCCCAGCUGUAAACUUGAGUGCAAGAAAUUUCACCCUUGAAGAUGUCCCGAAUCUGGAAGGCAAGGUCGCAGUUGUUACUGGUGGUAGUGAGGGCAUUGGCUACGGCAUCACCCAUAUUCUACUCAGUAACGACAUUGAGAAGGUGUACAUCAUCUCCAAGUCCGAAGACAUUGUCAACGGCGCCAAGAAGUCUUUCGCCCAUGAACUUGGCCAGGAAAAAGCCGAUCGCAUUGUCUGGAUCAACUGCGACUUGAGUAAUUGGCCUGAGACGAAGAAGGCUGCUGAACAGAUCAAGAACUCGACUGAUCGUCUGGAUAUCCUUGUCAAUAAUGCCGGCCGGGGAAUCAUGACCUAUCAACUCACGGACUACGGCGUCGAUCGACACAUGGCAGUGAACCACUUUGGCCAUGUUAUUCUUACCACCUACCUUCUCCCACUUCUCAAGGAGACCUCUAAGAAGCACGGGUUAACCCGGAUUGUGAACCAGUCUUCGAACGCUCACCAGGCGGCACCGAAAGACACCAAAUUUGACAGUUUAGAUGACCUCAACCAGGACCUAGGUCCCAAUGCUCAGUACGGAAGAAGCAAACUUGCAAAUCUUCUGUAUGCACGAUAUCUUGAUGACAAUGUCACAAGAAACGGGUUCCCCGACCUGAUUGUCAAUGCCACUCACCCGGGUUUCGUCAGUACGAGACAAAGCACAGAACACGUCCAUGAACCUUACCCUCUCGCUGGAUACAUGGUGUCCACAGUCAUGGAGCCUUUCAAGAAGGACCAGUUCGAGGGAGCUACGAGCGCCGCUUACGCUGCCACGACGACACACCUUACCGGAGAAUACCUCUGCUGUCCAGCCACGCCCGAGCAUGGAAGCAACCUCUCUCAGCAAGUGAAAUUAGGGGAAGAUCUGAUGGAGUUGACAAGAAAGGUCAUUAGUGACAAGUUUGAGCCUUUUGAUGAUAGAAAGUUUUAG